AUGGAAGACAAGCGCAAGAAGCGGAGCCCAAAAGUGUCUCCCCAACCGCCUCCACCUCCCAUCAACCCCCGCAAGCUCUCCGUCCUUCCUGCCAGCAAAAGUGCCACCUUCUCCCUCGGCCUGCCGCAGCCUCCUUCUCCCAAGAACAGAGGCAAGUAUAAAAGAUCCAUAGGAGCGCCGGGACAGCCCAAAGAGGUGUUUGCAGCCGUCUUAGCUCCACCAAAGAUCACCAGACCCCACAGGGAGAAGCCCAAGGCCCCCCAGCCAGCAGGGCCCAGUAAAGUACUCCAGUCGUCCCCCUUGCAGCACUCCUUCCUUACAGAUGUCUCAGAUGUGAGAGAGAUGGAGGGAGGCCUCCUCAACCUCCUCAACGACUUUCACUCAGGCAAACUGCAGGCUUUCGGUAAAGUAUGCUCCUUUGAGCAGCUCGAACAUGUGCGGGAGAUGCAGGAAAAGCGGGCACGACUGCACUUCAGCCUCGAGCAUGUGGAGGAGCUUUCUGAGGACCAGAGGAAAUGUGCCUCCGACCACAACCUGGAACACCUGCUCUGCAAUCUGGAGGAACUCAGCACCUCAAUACAAAAGCUCCACUUGGCUGAGAACCAGGACCUGCCCAAGACAUCUGGUCCCUGACACAGUGAGGUGUACGGGAUGGCAACCACGCAGUCAUCUAACAUGGAAUCGAUCCAGCUGCCUUAGUAACAGGAUGGAAAGAUCAACGGGAGGAGGAGGGGCUAAUUUUUCCAUUUGGUCAGUGAAGCUGAGGGAACAAAGCAAGCAGCAGAGCAUUAACUGAUCAGUCAAAAUCACAAACCUGUCAUUCAUAACACACACACACACACACACACACACACACACACACACACACACACACACACACACACACACACACAAAAAAAAUAACCGGAUGUUUAAUUGAUCAGGACUCUGUGAUAAUACAUUUUAUGUCAGCUUUUUUUCCUUGGCUUCAGGUGGUAGUUACAUCAUUUAAGAAAUAACUUGAAUCCAGGGGAGUGAACUCAUUGGCUCAGUUUUUCAUGCCAAAAAAAUAAAAAGCACAUUUAAAGAGAAUUUUAAAUAUUUAUAUUGGUUCCUUUUAUUGUAUUAUGCCUAAUCUGUUACACAUGCCAUCUAAAUUUAUGCAUCUGUAAGCAAAGGUAAAGAAUUUGCACAUUUAAGUAGCAAACAUGUUUAGCCAUUUUGACAGCACCACUGUGGCUAGCUCUGAAGUUUAAAGGGAGUUUUGCUCUUAUUCUGAAAGCACUCCCUCAUUUUUAUAUCUUUGCUAAAAGUUUUGUUAAUGGAAAACAGUGGAUGUGGAAAACAAAAGUAUGUUUACGUGUAUAUCGCAGAUAUCAAUUUUGAUUAUGUGCAGUUUAGCUACUGUAUUUGACAGGAUUGCCUUUAGGCUUUUUUUCUUUUUGAAUGAAUGAAUACCCAGUAGCAGCUUCCCUCCAAGCACAAGCUAGUCCCCCCUGCUACUGAAACGCUGUUAAAAAAAAAAAAAUCACGUACUGUCGCAUGAAGGUUAAACAGCGAGUUUGUUCACUCUGUCACAGGAAGAAAUUCACUCGGAUAUACUGUACGUUGCUUAGUGAUUUGCAGCUGGCAUAAAUUUUCUAAACAGUGCUAUUUCAAAAUGGCAGCUACUUUCAUAUGAAGGUGCAAGGAUUAUGAUUUGUUUUAUUAAAUUACAAGCCCAUGCGUACCUUGGAGAUAUUAGUGUUCGUUGUUAACCAUCGAAGCAUUUUAAAGCAAUGCUAUUAUUAAAAAAUGUGAGCCCCUUUUUCUUUUUAUUGUGUGCUAAGCCUACCUCUUUUCCAAAGCCUUUGAACGGUCCUUUUUCAAGGAUUCUUCACAGCCAGCUAUUUUAUCAUUUUAUGUAUGGAGUCAUCAUCAGAAGGCUAGUUAUGGUUAGCUUUUACUCAACAUGUCAUGUGAAUGAGGCAUAAAGAAUAACAAAAAAAAAAUCACUUGGAAGAAGCUUGUGUUUCCAGUAACUGCACCCAAUAAUAAAGCUAUAUUAGAUUA